AUGGCGAGGAGCCAUGCCGCCCACCCCCAGGGCGUGAAGCGACCCUGGGACCGCGGGCCCGGCUCCGAGGCCGAGGCGGCCGCUCCCGAGGGCCCCAAGGGGAAGAAGGGCUAUGGAGGGAAGGGCUUCGGCGAGGCUGGCUGGGGCUUCGCCGACCAGGAGCCGAGCAAGGGCUGCGGCAAGGGCUUCGGCGCCGACGGCCCGAGCAGUUUCGGCAAGGAUGGUGCUGGAGGUUGCGGCAAAGACGGAGGUUUCGGCAAGGACGGGGGCUACGGCAAAGAUGGCAGCUGCGGCAAGGCUGGGGGUUAUGGCAAGGAUGGAGGUUUCGGCAAAGACGCCGGCUUUGGCAAAGGCGGCCCAGAAAAGGGCAGCGGUGGCAAGGACAGCGGCUUCGGUGUGCACAGCGGUGAGGGCGGCGUCCUGGCGGAGGCGCCUAAGCCGGCGUUCAGCAAGAUGGCCGCGAUGCCGGACCUGUCGGGCCAGGACGACGUUGGCAAGGGCGACGCCGGCAAGGGCGACAAGGGCUGCGGAAACGGGGCCAUGGCCAAGGGCGACGCCGGCAAGGGCGACAAGGGCUGGGGAAAAGGCGACAUGGUCAAGGGCGACGUUGCCAAGGGCGACAAGGGCUACGGAAAAGGGGCCAUGGCCAAGGGCGACGCCAACAAGGGCGACAAGGGUUGGGGAAAAGGCGACAUGUUCAAGGGCGACACUGGCAAGGGCGAAAUGGGCUGUGGGAGUGCCGACAUGGCCAUGGGCGGCAAAGGUGACAUGGUUACAGGCGACCAGGGCGAGCGGGGCAAGGGCGGCAAGGCGUCUUGGCAGCCGCCCGUCAAGGCGCCGCCGUGGGCGCAGCCAGAGGCCUUGAGGCCUCCGCCCAAGGAGGGGCAGGAGCCCAGCCCCAUGGAGCCCGAGAUGGCCACGCCAUCGCCGCAUUUGCCAGAGCCCCAGGCGAAGGCGGAGCAGGCAGUAUCGCGCAAGGACCUCAGUGACAGGUGGACCGCCCGCGCAGUCCUCUUCCAUCUCGGAGACGGGGCGUGGUCGUGCUUGACCCCCGACAUGGAGAUCACACGACACAACCUGAACACUCUGCGUCAAUAUGCCCUGGAUCGCAAUAGCUCGUUCCCGCACUGGGCGCUGGCAGGGGUCUACGCCUUCGAUCCCGCGGGCCCGGGGGAGCUGGCCGAGAUGAAGCGUCAGGCGCGGCAGCGAGCGGCCUUGCUCGGUGCUGGAGGCGCUUUGGAGGAGGAGGCGACGGUCUGGGUGAUCAGUGAUCCGCGGGGCGCGAGGUUCGGCCAGGUGCUCGACGAACAGGCCAUCGAUAAUCCGAAUAGAUGUGUGCAUAUGCGGUCGAUGGGUGUGAUUUCCCUCGACGGUGUGGAGCGUCUGAUCGCGAAGCUCCAUCGCGAGGAGCGGGGCGAUUGGCUGCGAGACCAGCGUGAGCGAGGCGUUGACAUCCGUACCAUCGGGGGCCAUCGCUCGAGGCUCGGGCGUCGUGACGUGGCUUUCGGAGACGCCGUCGAGAUGAUGGAGCAGGUGGAGUUGGCUGACGCCCCAGAUUUCGGCCCCCGCGCGAUGGGGGAGUUCUUUUCGUCGGUCGCCACGGGCAGCGGGAACCUUGCGAGCUACCAGGCCGAGUUGGAGCGGCUCAGCGGUGUCUUUGCAGGUGGCGCUCGGAACCAUGAGCACCGCAUCUUGCUAGAGAGCAUCCGCAGGGCCAUCUGCCUGGACCAGCUCAACGCGAAGAACCUCCACUGCAUGGGGGCGGCGGCGCGCCGCAUCAUCCAGAUAGAGAUGGCCGCGCAGAGGAACCCGCGGCACCCCGACUUUUCAGGGCUGGAUGACGUCGUCGCAGAACACAUCUUGAAGCAGACGCGGCUGCGCGAGGAGGAGCUUGAUCGAGAUCGGCCGACUGGCGACCGCGACAAGCGGCAGAAGGGCGACAAGGAGAAGAAGGAAAAGGGGGAUAAUAAUGGCGGCAAGGAUGAGGCCAGCUACGACGUCACGCAGCUGAGGGUGUGCAAGGGGGACAUCCAUCCAGUUCCUGUGGCUGAGUUGCUGCCAGCUGAGGCGGCAGGCUUUCUGCGUCAUUUUCAGAGCCAGAUCGAGCUCGCCGAGCCUGAGGUGGCCGAUCGGGUCCGCGAGGCCGGGGGUCUGCCCGAGCCGUAUUGGGGCCCGCUACUUCGCGGCGAUGCUGAGGUGCGGCGUGUUUUUGUUUUGUUCUGCCGGUUUGCUAAGAUCGGCAUCGCGGGCUUCGGGCGGGCGAUCAAUUCUCGCUGCGGCGCCUUUUCUGUUCGCCAGGAAGAUGGCAACAUCCGCUUCGUUUUCGACGCUAGGGAGAUGUGGAGCUGGUUCGGGUUCGACUCGACGUUGCGUUUCGAGGACUGGGGCCUGGGCCUCCACCGCAUCUGGGACGACUCCAUCGGUGGGUGGACGCUUGCGGUCGCUGAAGAGAUGCUGCGCCCCUGCCUGAGGGUGCUUCCCAUGGUUUGGGCUUGGGCGCUUUACUUCGCCCAGGAAGUGGUGUCGAACCAGGUUCGAGCCUCGUGCCUGGAUGGAGACCGCCAGCUGCUUCGGGACAAGCGACCUGCCCCGCUGCUUCGACCUGGGAAGCCGCUGGCCGCCGUGUACGCGUUCCAGGCCCGCGCUGCCGUCGCCGGGCUGGGUCUGCGCGCGGCCGACAUCGCGGUGCAGGAGCUGGAGAGUAUGGGCCUUUCGCGACGCGGCUCUGAUCGCCGACCCUGCCUGCUCUCGAUCCUGCAAGAGGUGUGCCACUUCAUCGGGGGCGGCUCACGGCGUCGCGCCGCCUUGCCGCCGCUGGUGAGAGGCGAGCUGCGGAUGGCGGCAGUCGCCUGCUUCCUAUCCGAGGUCGACCUGGGCGCCCCUCUGUCCGACGAGGUUGACGCCCUGAUGUACGGGAGAAUGCCGCUUCGGGCGGUUUGGGACGCCCACCGCUGGCGGGGGCGCUGGCGCUUCGUGGAGGUCGAGGCGAACGCUAGGACCAGAGUCUACACCACGGCUUAUAUCAACCAGCUCCGAGGCGUCACAGACGGCUUCGGGUCUACGCUGGCUGAGGGAGCGGCAAAGGGCAAACUGGGGGAGCUGCCGUUCCGUCGCGCGGGCUGGGCUCGGGGCGAGGGGCCCCCGCGCGGCCGCGGAGCUGGCCGCCCGGGCCAGAGGCGUGAGGUCGAGCUCCUGAACGUGGUGCCCGCCCUGCCCACCGACCUUACCGACGCGGAGGGCUGGGCUGCGGCCGUGGAGGGCCGCUGGCGCUACAAUGAGCACAUCACUAAGGCCGCCGCCUACAGCAUCGGGUGCCGCAUGCGAUGGCGUGCGAGGCAUGUUCCGACAGAUUUGAGCGUCGCAGAUGCUGGGUCUCGGCGGCGCCAGGCCCCAGACCCUGAGUGGACGUCUCAGAAGAAGCGAGAGCGUCAGUUGGUGGUUCAUUGGAUCGCCGCCGAGUUCGUAACUUACGUCGUGCCCGAGCUACGGGACGUCUCGGGGUGGAGCUUGCGUAGUUUACAUCGGAACUGGUUCGGGAGUGUCAGCGGUGUGCAGUGGGCUGGAGCAUCGAGAACCCAAUGGCGCCAGGCCUUUGGAGCUUUCCUGCUGCGGGGCGUCGCGCGGGUCUUCGAGGGGCUCAAUGGGCGAGGCCCCCUUAAGCUGGGCGAUGUUCCAGCCGCUGGCGAGGCAGCGAGCCGCGACGCGGCAUGUGGGGCUGCCGACGCCUACCUCGCGCAGCACGGCGCACUCUUCGGCAGGACAGGCGCCGCGGAACGGGCCAGGCUCAGGCGUCGCGGCGACGCCCUCGGCCCCCCCGUUGCACCGCCGCCGGGCCUCGGCUAA